GAUUAAACGUGUACGGUGCAUACGGGCGUUAAACAUCCAUAAUUAAGGACAGACAAAAUCUUUAAUAAUGUCAGUUCUAGAACGUAAACGAUCUACGCAUGCUCAGAUGUCAAAAUAAGAGCGGCGCUUAUAGUGACUGACCUUAAGUGAACUUGCAAUAACUCUCUAUUAUUAAAAAAUCGACCCUUAAACUUUUAACAUUAAAGAUGUGACGGUAUUUCUGGAACGGUAUUUUUUUGGAUCGUAACAUCGCAAGAGAGGUGGUCCAAUAUUAAACCACAAAAAUGCCCACCAAACUAGUUUUUGCAAAGCCAGGAAAUCCUGCCGAGGUUCUGCGUACCGAGGAAUAUGACAUGCCACAAAUAGAACCAAACGAAGUUUUAGUACAAAUGAUAGCAGCACCUGUAAACCUCAUAGACUUAAACAUAGUUCUAGGAAUUUAUCCUUUCACAUAUGAGAUUCCUGGAUUCGAAGGAGUUGGGAAAAUUAUUAAAGUAGGUUCUAAAGUACAAAAGGUUCAAAUCGAUGAUAUUGUAGUACCAACCAUUUAUGCAGGUACAUGGAGAACUCAUCUAGCCCUAAAAGAAGACGACGUACUGCCUUUACCUAAAGAAAUAGACAUAUCAGAAGCUGCAACGUUUUUCAUAAACCCAGCAACCGUGUACAUAAUGUUGAAACAUUACAUUGAUCUAAAACCAGGAGAUGUAGUUCUUCAUAACGGUGCUAACUCUACAUGUGGCAUAUAUACAAUACAAUUAUGCAAAGCUUGGGGCUUAAAAUCAAUAAGCGUUGUUAGAGACAGACCAGACAUCAAGGAGUUAAAGGAGUAUUUGAAAAGUCUUGGCGCUACGUAUGUUUUCACUGAGAAAGAAAUUAAGGAAACAGACAUAUUCAAAACAGGACAAUUGGAGAAUCCUAAGCUGGGUCUAAAUUGUAUAGGAGGAGAGUCAGCAAAUACUAUUUUAAGUCACUUAAGUGACGAAGGACUAUUAAUUACAUACGGAGCUAUGACUCUGGAACCAAUUAGCGUAUCUAUAACUACACUUGUCUUCAAAAACAUUAGAUUAGACGGUUUUAACUUUUUUAAAUGGUUCGGUAGACCUGAAAAUGAAAACAAAAAACCUGAAAUGUAUAAAACAUUGAUUGAUUUAAUAAUGAAAGGAGAUUUUAAAGCCGCACCACACGAAUUUGUAGAUUUUCAAAAUUAUAAAGAAGCUAUGAGUAAAUCUGUAUCUAAAGAUGGAAUGAUUGGAAAAAAGUACAUUUUAGAUUUUAGAAGUCUUAAAAAUUGAUAUGAUAACAGUAUUCCAUUGUUUUCAAAAAUGUGUUUUACUUAAAUAAUUAUUAUGUUCGGUGUUGGUGAAAAGAAAUAAAUGAUGUACUAGUUUUA